AUGGAAGCUUUUAGCAAUCUGGGAAACCACAUGGUUUCUAAUUCAGCGGCGGCUAUCAAUGCUACUGAUGAUGCAUCGACUGUAGAUCCAGACGAGAGCGUCCUUAAUCUUGCCAAAGGCCCAAGGAGACGACGGCAUGACGACGACGGAUCUGAUGGGCUGGGAGAGGACGAUCUGGAAAGUUUGGCAAGCAUGCAAGUUGACGGGAAUGGAGCGAAUGGCCAGGCAAGAGUGGAAGAAGAGAAAGAACUGCCCCCACAUGCCUGCGCAUACUGUGGUAUUCACAACCCGAGCAGUGUUGUUAGAUGCCUUACAUGCAGCAAAUGGUUCUGCAGUGCUCGUGGAAAUACGUCCUCGUCCCAUAUCGUCAACCAUCUGGUCCGUGCUCGGCACAAGGAAGUGCAACUACAUCCAAGCAGCUCACUUGGCGACACAGUUUUGGAGUGCUACAAUUGCGGAACAAAAAAUGUAUUCCUCCUUGGGUUCAUUCCCGCCAAAUCCGACACUGUUGUGGUCCUUCUUUGCCGACAACCAUGCGCCGCCAUGCCGUCUACCAAGGACAUGAACUGGGAUACGUCACGCUGGCAGCCCUUGAUCGAAGACCGCUCAUUCCUCUCAUGGCUCGUUGCUGCACCCUCAGACCAGGAGCAACUCAGGGCUCGUCACCUUAGCCCUCAGAUGAUUGCGAAGCUGGAAGAAAUGUGGAAGGAAAAUGCUGGAGCUACAAUCACCGAUCUGGAGAAGGCUGCCAACAUCGAUGACGAGCCUGCACCAGUCCUUCUGAGAUACGAUGAUGCUUAUCAAUACCAGAACGUUUUCGGACCACUUGUCAAGAUUGAAGCAGACUAUGACCGCAAAUUGAAAGAGUCGCAGUCGCAGGAUGGUCUGAUUGUGCGAUGGGAUCUUGGACUGAACAAUAAACAUCUUGCAAGCUUCGUUCUACCAAAACUCGAGCUCGGUGACGUCAAAUUGGCGGUUGGUGAUGAGAUGCGACUCAAAUACACUGGAGAGCUGCGCGCGCACUGGGAAGGAGUUGGCUACGUGAUAAAGAUUCCCAACAACCUAUCUGACGAGGUGACGAUCGAGCUGCGGGCAAAAGGCGAUCACAAAUCUGUACCAACGGAAUGCACGCACAACUUUGCGGCCGAUUAUGUCUGGAAAGCAACAUCAUUUGACCGAAUGCAACUCGCUAUGAAGACUUUUGCUAUCGAUGAAAUGAGCGUUUCUGGUUACAUCUUCCAUCGGUUGCUGGGUCAUGAAGUUGCGGCAGCACCCAUGAAGACACAAAUGCCCAAGAAGUUCUCCGUGCCUGGGCUGCCAGAGUUGAACGGAAGCCAAAUCAAUGCCGUCAAAUCAGUAUUACAAAAGCCACUGAGCUUGAUUCAAGGCCCUCCAGGGACGGGAAAGACGGUGACUUCCGCUACCAUAAUUUACCACCUUGCUAAGAUCAAUGGUGGACAAGUUCUGGUCUGCGCCCCGUCCAACGUUGCUGUCGACCAACUUUGCGAGCGUAUCCAUCUCACGGGGCUAAAGACAGUUAGGGUUACUGCCAAAUCCCGUGAAGACGUCGAAUCACCUGUCGGUUUCCUGUCUCUGCACGAGCAGGUUCGCAUGAAUGACAGCAACGUUGAGCUCACAAAACUCAACCAGCUUAAAUCAGAGCUGGGAGAGUUGUCGAGUCAAGACGAGAAGAAAUUCAAACAAUUGACCCGAGCUGCUGAGCGCGAGAUUCUGACCAAUGCCGAUGUCAUCUGUUGUACUUGUGUUGGUGCUGGUGAUCCACGACUUUCCAAGUUCAAGUUCAGAACUGUUCUUAUUGACGAGUCCACCCAAUCGGCAGAGCCAGAGUGCAUGAUUCCGCUGGUACUCGGAUGCAAGCAAGUCGUUCUGGUUGGGGAUCAUCAACAGCUUGGCCCCGUCAUCAUGAAUAAGAAGGCCGCCAAAGCUGGACUGAAUCAAUCCUUGUUCGAGCGUCUAGUUAUACUGGGGUGUGCACCUAUCCGACUCAAUGUUCAGUACCGCAUGCAUCCAUGCCUCUCCGAAUUUCCAUCCAACAUGUUCUACGAAGGGUCCCUGCAGAACGGUGUGACUAUGCAACAGCGCCUCCGACGAGACGUGGACUUCCCAUGGCCUGUCAAUGACGCUCCCAUGAUGUUCUGGGCUAACCUUGGCAAUGAAGAGAUUUCAGCUUCGGGUACAUCGUACCUCAACCGCACGGAGGCCGCUAACGUAGAGAAGAUUGUAACUCGAUUCUUCAAGGCUGGGGUGCAACCGCAGGAUAUUGGAAUCAUCACGCCAUACGAAGGGCAGCGCAGCUAUGUCGUUAGCUCCAUGCAAGCAACGGGAACUUUCAAGAAGGAGACCUACAAGGAAAUCGAAGUCGCUUCCGUCGACGCCUUCCAAGGCCGAGAGAAGGACUUCAUUGUUCUCUCUUGUGUGCGCUCGAACGAUCAUCAAGGUAUUGGCUUCCUUAGCGAUCCUCGUCGACUCAAUGUUGCUAUGACACGUGCCAAGUAUGGGUUGGUGAUCCUCGGCAACCCCAAGGUGCUCUCCAAACAUCCGCUUUGGCACUAUCUGCUUCUUCACUUCAAGGAACGAAAUUGCCUGGUUGAAGGUCCACUGUCUAAUCUACAGGUUUCGCUUCAUCAGUUCAGCCGACCAAAGCAAUCCUAUCGUGGGCCUCAGCGGUAUCAAAUGGCAUACAAUCAUGCUACGAACAUGGCGAGUGGUAUGAUGAAUGGUCGCAAUGGUCACCGUAAUGAGUACCACGACCCUGGAUCAGUCGUUGGCUACAUUCCUGAUGAUGUUUCUUCCGUUCAGUCAUCUGCGCUAGGCGGCGUGGGUGUUCCAGCAGGGUUUCCACCGAUGUUCCAUGGCUUCACGCCAGACACCUGGCCAUCUCUACAGGGCGUGCAAGGCCGUCGGGUCAAUGGAACUAAAGCCAAGGGUGCCGCUGAAAGCGUUGCCGGCGAAUCAGUCACUGCCACAGAAUCUGACAUCACCAGCAGUAUUGUAGGUGACGGUCGUGGUCAAGGUGGUGUCAGCCUUGGUUCUUUGAGCAUCCAUGAUAUCCACAAGCAACCAAGCUUCAACCAGUCUGACCGCCUGAAGCGAUACGUCGAGUCUGGUGGUCGCCCUGUUGACAACUCUAGCGUGUUUGGCGGCAGCUCAGCCAGUCUGCGCGCACCACGCCAGCCAGGACAUGAAGACGAUGACUCCCGCAGUGUGUCAACCGCAUUUGCCAGCCAGGUUGGUGGAAACUAUGAUUGA